AUGAAAGCGCUCUGUGCUAUCCUCGACACGGUCAUUGCGCUGCUCAACCAUUUCCCGCUCUUUGCCUUGAUGCUCCGUAUCAAGGACCCGAUGCGUCUAUCAGGACAGGUUGCAUUCAGGCGACUGGCUGGACGAGAAGGAUCUUUGAUUCUCGAGCCAGCUCUGCUGUCAUCGGUGUUCGUGCACUACGCCCACUUAUGGUCUCGCCUUGCUAACCAUUAUGGUCCUGAGGGCGUUUUCUGCCUGCUCCUGUUAGGGCGACGACUCACUCGAAUCCCACGUGCUAUAAUCCGCUUCAGCAUGGUCCCCAAGGGUAAGGAUGAUGAUGAAUCACGGAAAGAGGAAAAACAAUAG